AAGUCCCUCUCUCUUUCAGUAGCCUGAAACAAAAGCCAUCAAAACAUAUUUGUUUUUUCAACCCUAAAAACCAUCCCUUGUUUUUAAUCUUCAUUGAACCGCCCAAUCUCACCAUGAAAGGAACGAAGCGGUUUGCGUUAUCUGGCUCGGCCGCCGAUACUAACGAUUCUGCUUUCUGGAAUAAAAGAAUAAUGGCAGGAUCUCCUUUUGAUGCUCAAAGGGCAGAACCAUCUCAACCGCAGUUGACUGCAACACCGCCACUAGACCCGCAGCAAGCAGAGUUGUCUCAGCAGCAUGUGAGAGUUCUCAACACUCAAUUUGCGAGAACAUUUUAUUUUAACAGUUGGGUGCAAUCACAACUGAAGAAUCAUCCUGAUGAGCUUUGGCAAGAUGGUGUUCAAGACUACCUAACUCAUGCUUCAAAUAUUAUGGAGAAGUUCACUGAUGUUGUCAACUGGCUCAAAGCAAAUGCUGUAAAUGGUGACAGCCUGUCUGCUGCUGAAUCUUGUAAAAAUGAAAGUAAAGUGGCGCCUGAAACCGAGAAUCCUGAGGCUAAAUUUUUUCAAGGAAAAACUGGAUUUACUCCAACCAGCACAACUACAGGCUUUAGUCAAGGCACUACAAACAUGAGCUUUUCUUCGGGCUCUACAGCUAGGAACCUUUCUCUGGGCACUACAAGUACAAGCCAUACUCCAGCUGAUAUGACUGAAUUAUUUUCUCCAGCGGAUACAAAUUCAAGCUUCACCUCAGCUAGUUCAACUACAAGCUUUAUGACAGCAGGUUUAAACUCAAGCUUUACAUUUGGUGGUACGACCACAAAUUUUACUUCAGUCAGUGCAACAACUGGCUUUUCUUCAUCUGUCAAUACUACGAGCUUUGCAGCUCCUUGGAGCUCUGGAGUAAUCUCCAAUAGUCAGAUUCCUGUCUUGUUUGGAACUCAAAGCUCUGUUACUGUGAACAACACUGCAUCAGAUGACGCAGAUGAUGAAAAUGAAUUGCCACAGCCUAGCAGCCCAUCAGUGAAGAAGUCAGAAGAGAAGGGUAUUGUUGUUGUUCAUGAAGUCAAAUGCAAGCUUUAUGUCAAGUCAACCGAUCCAGCAGAUAAAGAUUCAUGGAAAGAUAAAGGCACAGGGCAACUUUCCAUUAAAUGCAAAGAGGGUAUCAGCAAGGGUUCAAAAGAUUCCAAACCAACAAUUGUUGUUCGAAAUGAUGUGGGAAAGGUUUUACUUAAUGCUUUGCUAUAUCCUGGGAUCAAGACAAGUGCACAAAAGAAUUCCCUUGUUGCAAUAUUUCAUACUUCGGAUGAUGGCGGCAAUAACGAUAAUUCUGUGGCACGUACAUUCUUAAUUAGAACAAAAUCAGAGGAGGACCGAAACGAACUGGCAACAGUAAUCCAAGAAUAUGCCCCUGCAUCAUAAACUGAUCUUACUCUAUAUUUUGCCAGGAUCAGCUUCGUAGGGACUAGACCAGCUUAUUGUAGGUCCAAAAGCAACAGAGCCUAUUUACAUAGUCAAACUCAUGAGAUUAUUGUAUGCCCACAGCAGUUGUACCAUAAACAGAAAUUACGGUGGUUAUAUUUUGCUGCAAAAUCCUGAGGAACUGUUGUUUCUAUUAUUAUUAUUAUUCCUAUUCAAUCUGUUGGCUGCCUGUAUCAAGCAUUUUUAGAAAGUUACUCCACAAAAUCCCCCUUUCAUUGGUGUUGGUCAUGUCAGCUGCAUCUGCGUAUCUCGUUCGUACAGUGAUGUAAAUGCCAGUGCAGUAGUGCACUAGUAUUGGUAUUUCUGGUAUGCAUAGAUGGCAAGGAAGUUCUAGCAAGUUGUAUCUCCGUAUCUGUUAACAAAAAUUUCAUU